CACCGUUACAACAGUCUUAUUUCUUGAGCAUACAUGUACACCACUUAUGUUCAUCAACUACCAACACCCAUAAAUCAUUGUAUUAACCCUAUAUAUAAACAUGAGCUGCAUACUAACUUUACAAUUUUAAUUAUUUUAAAAACAAAACCACAUAUAAGCAUCUGAGUAUUUUUUUAAUUGCUUAAGAUUUACAAAAUCCAUGGGAACAGUUGCAGUUCGGAUUUCCGUCCAUUUCCCAGGUUCUCACCGGUUCCUCAAACCCUAAAACCUCCAAACCCCAGCAAUGGCGGAUUCCCCUUCGUUCCGUCGCUACCCGCUCGCCUCCUCCGUCGACCUCGUCCGCUGGCUCCCUUCCUCCUCCAUCUCCCCUUCCGGUCGCCUCCUCGCCGCCGCCGUCCACGAUCCCACCUCCGGCUCCUUCGCCUCCAGCAUCCGCCUUCUCCCCCUCUCCGACCCUGUCUCCCGGCUCGCCUCCGUCCCGCUCCCGUCCCGCGCCACGGCACUCCGCUGCUCCAAUGCUGCGCUCGCCGCUGCCACCUCCUCGGGCUCGCUCCACUUCGUUCCCUCCUCAUUCGACUCGGACGCCGCAGUGUCCGUCCCCGGCGGCGCGGGCUUCCAUGUCGGUCCUGUCCGGGGCCUCGACUGCGGCGGGGAGGAGUGGGUCACAGCGGGAGAAGACGGAAGAGUGCAUGUGGUCGGCGGUGUAGCUGACGGGAGAGUGGUAACGAGGAGGGUGUGGGACGGGAAAGGAAUGUCAGGGUAUGAAGCUGCCAGAUGGGCUUCGCCGGUGGAGUUUGCCACGGGUGGAGCCGGAUGUGGUGUUCAGUGGUGGGAUCGGAGGAAAGGGGACGCCAUCGUGGCGCAGUGUAACGGCAUCUGGGGCCGUGGCAUAGUUACUGGCAUGGUGCAUUCCAUUGACAUUCAUCCAUCAAGAAAGCAUAUCUGCGUGGUGGGAGGUUCAUCGGGGACCGUAUUUGCCUGGGAUCUGCGGCAGCCACAGGAGCCGAUACCAAUCUCUGUUCUAGGUCUUAAUGAAACAGCUGAGCCUGUGUGUGAAAGUGAGGUUUGGGAGGUUCUUUUCGACACUUACACUAAGUCUUCCGAUAUCAUCUCAUCUGCAUCUGCAAGAAUAUUGCCAGUGAUGAUGUGUUCAGAGGAUGGGAUCCUUGCAGUCGUCGAACAAGAUAAGAGACCCCUUGAAUUGCUUGCUGAAUCUUGUGCCAUCAACUCCUUCGACAUAGAUCCUCAGAACCCCUCUGAUGUUGUUUGCGCAUUAGAAUGGGAAUCGGUCGGUGUCCUAACUCGUGGUAGAGAUGCAAUGUCAGAAGAAUGAAAAUUUUCAUCACCCAGGGAUCUCAAUCAGAUUUUUUUCCAAGGUGGAUGAAACUGCUAUCAGAAAGAAUCUUCUGAAUUCUGAGGGCUUCCAUAUUCAGUCACCAUUCUAAUGCCCGUGACCAUGGGCAACGGUAGAAGGAAUAAAGCGUGCAUGACGAAUGCCUUUUCCUGUCUUUGCAUACUAACCAACACUGUCUUGUACCGUUGGAAGUUUUACUCUGUUGUCAUGGGUAGUUGCAGAUUGCAGAAACCUUUUCUGGGCUAGCUUCAAGAUGUGUAAUUGCUCUUGGAUGCCAACUGCUGACAGUUUGAAGGAGUGGUCACAAACAAUUCAAUCCUUUUAGCUGGGGGCUGAUGAACUGAAGCUAUAAUUAGUUUCAUAAUGUUUGCUUGUGGUAUUAAAUUGGCUCCUGAACAAUAUGGACUCCGAUACAUAUUUUAUUUAUCUGGCUUACCAUUUAGAUUCCAUUAGAUUUUUAACUCUAGAGUCUAGACUACCUUAACUUGUUUGAGACAAGUUGGGAUAAAAGGUUUUGUUAUUAAUAUGUUUUUUUAUAACCUCAGAUAAAGAUGGUUUUUAUAUGAAAAUUGUAACCUUUGAUGAGAUUUA